AUGGCCAUCUUGAACUAUGUAGCCGACCCUGCUCUCCCCGACCCCGUAAAGGAGGGCAUCGACGAACUUUACGAUUACGCAGAUAAGAAAGACAAGUGCGCUGAGUGGGCAAAUUGUUUUAGCAAAGACGCCAAACUAAUCAAGGGUGACUACCAACCAACUGGGAUACCCGCUCUGGUUGAUUACAUGGAAGGAAGCUGGAAGAACACCGAGUCUCGCGUACACGAUGUGAAGAGUGUUUCAGUAGUCAAGAGCUCUCCUCUGACCAUCAAGAUUGAGGGCUUCAGAACAUAUCAACGUACAGGAGACAAGGAACAGAAGGGCACUUGGACUGCUCAGCAACGUUACACUGAAGAGGACGGUAAGGCAAAAAUCGACGAAUACAAGAUUGACUUCAACAUGCUGUACUAA